AUGGCACUUAUUGGUCAGAGCUUUGCGGAGCGCUACGCGGAGCUUGUCGCGCGCGUGCCGACCCAUACGGAGUUGCUGCUUGAUUUGCAACGGCGCGAGGUCGGCGAACGCAAGGCGUUGGAGGAGAAGUGCCAGGUGACAUUCCAGGAUGUGCUUCACGUUGCGGCGGUUAUGAUCGCCGACAAAAAGGCGCUUGGGAGGGGUGCACUGGCUAACCGAAACCGAUUCGAGGUGGCACUCUACAAGAAGCAGACGGCCGUCUGGUUCCAGGCGGCGCCGCCGCGGAAGGUCGAGCCGUCUAUCACACGCCCACUUCACGGUUUUCCACACGCUGCCUUCGCGGCGCUGUGUCAAGAGGAGCGGGAGUUGCGGCAGUGGCACUACGGUGUCGAGCGCCGCCUCCGCGAGCACAUCGAGGAAGCGUGUGGCCGUGCGUGGUUCUUCCUCAACAUGGUGAACGAUGCGAUCAGGAGCGAAAGCUUGUCUCGGCAGCGACUGCAGCACGAGGAGGACGAGAGCUUUAUUGCCGCCAAGCAGAGCUUCUUCCGUGCUGUGCCGGCCGACUAUUACCGCAACGUCGUGAUUGCGCGCUACGGGCAAACGGACUCCGCGAUCGAGCAGGCGAAGGACUUGACUUUUGAGGAGGUGGAGGAAAAGGUGCGUGCGGGGCUGAUGGAGGAGGAGGAGGCCUCGUGGAGAUCUGCGUAUCAGUAUCUGUACGACAUGUACGAUGUUCAACUUUUUUCGCUAAACCACCGCGAGGUCCUGGGGCGCUACGAGCUGGAAGAGGAGGAGCGCAACACGCUCUUCCCGCUUAUCUUGCGGUGCUGCCGCGAAGACUUUGGCAUUUUGUUUUAUCAUGUUCCUGCACUGGCGCUGCAUUUCAACUCCUCGCAGCCGUGCUUGCGUGCGCUCUGCGUCACUCAACUGGAGGAGGCGCCAAAGCGGACGGCAGCGACGAGGUCGCGCUUCUCCUGGAUACCUGCCUUUGAUCUCGUCGGCAUGGCCAGCGAACUCGGCUUUGAUGAACAUCGGGGCGAGAUUGAGAACAGUGUGGAAGGAGAAACGCAGGAGGCGGAAGGCAGUAUGGACGGCGGCGACGACUCGUACAAUGCAGCGCCACCGCCAGUGGACGACAUGCCGCACGUUGCCACAGACUCGACGAUGGUGUUCGAGGCGGAGCUCGGCUGCUCGGAGGUGCCUGGGCCAGAGACGGAGCACGAGGAAUCCGAGGUGCCUGAGCCGGAGGCGGAGCGCGAGGAAUCCGAGGUGCCUGAGCCGGGGGCGGAGGGCGAGGAAUCCGAGGUGCCUGGGCCAGAGACGGAGCGCGAGGAAUCCGAGGUGCCUGAGCCGGAGGCGGAGCGCGAGGAAUCCGAGGUGCCUGAGCCGGAGGCGGAGGGCGAGGAAUCCGAGGUGGCUGAGCCGGAGGCGGAGCUCGAGGAAUCCGAGGUGCCUGGGCCGGAGGCGGAGGACGAGGAAUUGGAGGUGCCUGAGCCGGAGGCGGAGCUCGAGGAAUCCGAGGUGCCUGGGGCGGAGGCGGAGCGCGAGGAAUCCGAGGUGCCUGAGCCGGGGGCGGAGGGCGAGGAAUCCGAGGUGCCUGGGCCAGAGACGGAGCGCGAGGAAUCCGAGGUGCCUGAGCCGGAGGCGGAGCGCGAGGAAUCCGAGGUGCCUGAGCCGGAGGCGGAGCUCGAGGAAUCCGAGGUGCCUGGGCCGGAGGCGGAGGACGAGGAAUUGGAGGUGCCUGAGCCGGAGGCGGAGCUCGAGGAAUCCGAGGUGCCUGGGGCGGAGGCGGAGCGCGAGGAAUCCGAGGUGCCUGAGCCGGGGGCGGAGGGCGAGGAAUCCGAGGUGCCUGGGCCAGAGACGGAGCGCGAGGAAUCCGAGGUGCCUGAGCCGGAGGCGGAGCGCGAGGAAUCCGAGGUGCCUGAGCCGGAGGCGGAGGGCGAGGAAUCCGAGGUGGCUGAGCCGGAGGCGGAGCUCGAGGAAUCCGAGGUGCCUGGGCCGGAGGCGGAGGACGAGGAAUUGGAGGUGCCUGAGCCGGAGGCGGAGCUCGAGGAAUUGGAGGUGCCUGGGGCGGAGGCGGAGGGCGAGGAAUUGGAGGUGGACACAUCGCCGUCGGGGGCGGAUCCUUUAGUCCAGCGCGCUCACGAAGAGUCGUCGUCGGCCACAGAGAUGGAGGUAACACCGGAGCCGAAUGAAGCCAACUAG